AUGCUGUGAGUGUAAUAGUGGAGGUCUACUGAUGAUGAUGAUGCUGUGAGUGUAAUAGUGGAGGUAUACUGAUGAUGAUGAGACUGUGAGUGUAAUAGUGGAGAUCUGCUGAUGAUGAUAAUGAUGCUGUGAGUGUAAUAGUGGAGGUCUGCUGAUGAUGAUGAUGAUGCUGUGAGUGUAAUAGUGGAGGUCUACUGAUGAUGAGACUGUGAGUGUAAAGUGGAGGUCUACUGAUGAUGAUGAGGCUGUGAGUGUUGCGAUCGGAGUGGCCUUCGAGUCGAGGUCGAUUUCGAUUCCUUUCACGUUUCUCCGUCUGCUUUACAGAGCCCCUUGGGUAUGUGAGCUCGGCAAACAACGACAACGACGUGAAUAUCGUUGUGAACGAGACAAGUGCGGGGUCCUUAAGGAAUAUUGCAUAGCAGUGAGUGUAGUCUGUGUAUACACUAGUCUCACAUGAGUUGGACCAGAUGACGCCAAAAGGCGCCUUUUUGUGAAACUAGGCUCUAAGGAAAGCUGUCUCGGGUGUGGACCAAUCAACUUCAAGGACUGUGCACAUUAUCAGAGUUAUGUUUUUUGUUUGCAUUAUGACUGCAGGUAUUGUGGUCUAUGCAACUGUAGGGCUGUUACAGAGGGGCUGUUUGUGUAGGGCUGUUUGCAUAGGGGCUAACGGAUAACAAACACAGUGGGCGGGGACUCCGUGAGCACACGGGGUGGUGCCCGCAACGACGUCCGCACUGGACGGCGUGAGGGGGGUUUCGAUCCUCUAGGGGGGUAUAAAAAGGGAUGAGCCAGAGAGCUCGGGGCUCAGUCUUAGUGUAGUUAAGGGAAGACAGAAGACCGGCCAGAUAGGCCCUGGACUCCCCCUGGGACGCCGCCCUUGUAAGGGCAGCACAGGCUGGAGCCAGUGGCGUGGUCCCGGAACCAGGGGUAGACCUCUGGGAUUCCGGGUACCGUAGCCCGACUGACCAGUGUCGGGCCAGACAGCCUCCCCUAGCCCGUUAGCGGAGGACUCGGCUAGGAAGGCUAGCUAGGGGUGAAUUCCCAGUGUUACGGGUGAGGGGGCCGAUACAUCCCUCCAGUGCUGUAAGACAUUGUGCAAAUAAAUACGUGUGCCUUACCACGUUGUCCACGCGUCUUCAAGAGUACUUCAUCUGGCGUCAGAAGAACCACCGAUGGACACGCGCCAAUCAGCUCGAGCCAGAGUACAGCAAAUGGAAGACGCCGCCGAAAUUGUCGAGCCCGAGAUGGCUCAACAGGACAACGUGCAGCCGGGGCCGGACGCGUUCUUACCGGAACGUCGGCAGGAAGAGGAGCCGCGGACAGACGAGCUGAGGCUGGCUCACGAGAGACUGGCUGAACUGCUCUACGCCGCUGCCGCUACGCUGGAAAACAUCACACGGCUGGGGGCUGGUGGUCCACCGCGGGUCGAGGGGAGCCGGCGUCCGGAGCGCCUUCCCGCCAUUUCGGAAGAUUCAAAUUUUGAAUUUCCCGCCAUCGACGCGGCGACCGCUAGGGGCGUGGCCAACCUCAACCUGGGGUCCGACAUCGGCCGUGCUGGGGCUGCCGCAUCAACGACGGAGGAGGGCGCGUCAUCAAGGCUGCGACAGGCGAUACCAUCUGCCGUUCGCGCCGAGACACAGCCGAGUCGGGGAGACAGCAGCCCACGGGACUCCACGGCAACCGCUGCGCUGCACCAAAGGCUGCCCCCGCUUAAAGAAUUCGUGGGCGCAGAGGGCGACUGGGGCGGCUUUCAAAGACGCUUCCUCGCCCACCAAGAAAUGGCCAAAUGGACAGACGCUGAAGCUCUCAGCGCCCUGCCGGCGCUCCUCGACGGCGACGCGCUGGCCGCCCUAACAUCGGCGCCGAAGGAAAGGCGCUCUACGCUGCCGAUGGCGCUGCAGCUGCUGGCCGGAGUCUACGGGCCUUCCGCGGAGUGUAGGCAGCAGUUCUACGAUCGCCAGCGGGGCGCGAAGGAGUCGCCGCUGGCUUACAGAACAAGCCUCCUGGCAUUGGCCAAGACAGCCUUUCCUCGCAUGGACGAGGACGGGGUCGACGCCAUGGUAACUGAGAAAAUCCUCCUGCUAGCAGACGACCUGGACAUCGCCGUCGUGGCACAGGAGGAUUCUGAGAUGACUUCUCUACAAGCGGCGCGACUCCUCCACGCAAACUUGCUGUCGCAGCGGAGGAAGGCCAGCAGGGCAGCGGCUGGGCAUGCGGUGGCGGCAGCCACCCUUCCGGCGGAGGAGGUCUUCGCCGUCAACCAUCGUCGGCAGCAGGGGACGGGAGCGCGGCCGGCCCGGGAUGGGUCGAGCCGCUUCGACCGCCAGUCAUCGCCGCCGCCGCUUCCGCGCUGCUUCAACUGCGGCGUCCGGGGCCAUGUCGCCUCGGGGUGCCGCUCUCCUCGACAGCGUGGGACGACGCCUCGCCAGGACGCCGGGCCUCCUCCUCCUCCCAAGCUUCAUCAACAUGAUCCGGUGCACCGGGACUGACGAGCUCGCACCCACCUACUGCUGCAAGGGACGCCGAGGUUCCCGCGACGUCAGACGCGGACUCUAUACAAAACGAACAACCGCCACCGGCGGGUUCGCCACCCGGGAUUGCCCCGUGUGACGGGCCUGCAGCAAGGACACGCGCAAAAAUGCGCAGACUCUUAUAAUGCAUUGGACGAACAUUUUUUUUCUCUUCUUCUUCUCUCUUACGUACGGUUGCGUGGUGCUGCGUCGGUGGGGAGCUCCUACCACAUUUUUUUGUUGUGUUGCAUGUGUGCUGCGAGUUCCCUGCUUAACCUGUAUAUAUGCGUCGCUCUUACGGUAUUCGUAUUUAUUCAGGGGGGGUGCGUCGGAUUGUUCCCUUCGGGGUUGUGGGUUUUGUUGUUGUCAUUGUUGUUGUUGUUGUCGUUGUUGCUGUUGGUUCCUUCAUGUUAGCGUUAAAAACGUUUUCUUAAGGCACACGCGGGGAUCCAGGAGUUAAAUAACCUUUAUUAAAGUUGUUGCAGCCGGGACGGCUGCGAGCUGUACAGGGGGGGGUGAUGUAGGGCUGUUACAGAGGGGCUGUUUGUGUAGGGCUGUUUGCAUAGGGGCUAACGGAUAACAAACACAGUGGGCGGGGACUCCGUGAGCACACGGGGUGGUGCCCGCAACGACGUCCGCACUGGACGGCGUGAGGGGGGUUUCGAUCCUCUAGGGGGGUAUAAAAAGGGAUGAGCCAGAGAGCUCGGGGCUCAGUCUUAGUGUAGUUAAGGGAAGACAGAAGACCGGCCAGAUAGGCCCUGGACUCCCCCUGGGACGCCGCCCUUGUAAGGGCAGCACAGGCUGGAGCCAGUGGCGUGGUCCCGGAACCAGGGGUAGACCUCUGGGAUUCCGGGUACCGUAGCCCGACUGACCAGUGUCGGGCCAGACAGCCUCCCCUAGCCCGUUAGCGGAGGACUCGGCUAGGAAGGCUAGCUAGGGGUGAAUUCCCAGUGUUACGGGUGAGGGGGCCGAUACAUCCCUCCAGUGCUGUAAGACAUUGUGCAAAUAAAUACGUGUGCCUUACCACGUUGUCCACGCGUCUUCAAGAGUACUUCACAACCAUGACUCCUUGUAAAAAGGUGUGAGUUUUGUUGCCAGAUAGAAGGGUAAAAAGCCAAUUAUAUUUUCACUGGCAAAUGAGGUUCCAAUGGAGGAAAUAAUCUGUUCCAGAGUAUAAGAUAUAUUUUAUAUGGCAUAUUGUACAUUAAUGGGGUUGUAUAAAAUAAUUUAGACACUACUUAUUACUAAAAUGCAUACAUAAAUUAAAAUAAAUGCAUAAAUAAAUUGAAAUACCUUGCUUGAGAGGAGAUGAUAGCCUACGAGGAUGGUGGUGAGGAAGGGGUGGAGGAGGAGAUGAUGUUUUUUGGAAGGAGAGUCCCCUUCCAUUGACUUCAGGAAGCUGAAAUUCUGGGGUUUUUAAAUCCUUUAUAUUAAGUUUGCAUGCUUGCUUGCUUGAUUGCGUGCUUGCUUGCUUGCUUGCGUGCUUGCUUGCUUACGACCGUGCAAAUCUUUCGGUCGUUUUUUAACCCACUUCCCGUGAUCCAAUCGAGCUGACAUUUUCCACACAGAUUCGUUGUGCGUGACAAUUAAUGUUACACUUUUUAGGCAAAAAAAAAAAUUAUUUUACAUAUAUUCAAAUAGAACGCAUUCUUGGUUUUGGCUGAACGUCACAGUAUAAGAGCCCAGAA